CUUACUGAUUUUGUGCUCUCUUCGCGUUUCUCUUAGGGCGUCUUGCUUCCUCUCUUUGGUUUUGCCCUUUUUCUUUGAUUCCCUCACCAAGUAUUUCCUUUAGAGUUUUCCCUAAAUUAAAGAUCCAUUAAACUUUAUUAAAGAAGAAAGUAGAAAGAUAUAAAAAGGGUAUAGAAGAACAAUGGUUUUCUCAUCCAACUGGUCACAGCCUACGAAUCCGAGUCAGCUUCAGCUUAGAGAAAAUGGAAGUUUAGUGAAUGGCCACGAACUACUUUCUCACCAACUUCCACCUUUCCCAUCAAACCCUAACAUCCACCAUGCCGCUGCCUCCAGUGUUCUUCCGGCCAUGCUUGGUGGAUACAUGGCGGAGAGAGCGAGGCAGCCCAAAGCUCCUCGGCCUGAGGCAGCCCAAAAUUGUCCUCGAUGCAACUCAAUCAACACUAAGUUCUGUUACUACAACAACUACAACCCCACUCAGCCUCGCCACUACAGUAAGGCUUGCCGCCGCUACUGGACAGAUGGCGGCAAAUUGAGAGACAUCCCCGAAGGUGGACGCCGCCGGAGAAAUAGCAAAAAGAACAAAAAUGGUAGUUCAAAAUCUCCUUCUUCGUCAUCAAUACUGCCUUCUCCCACGGUCAAUGCUCCAAGUUCUAGCUCAGGACAGCUAGGGACAAACCAUCAGUUCCCGUUUUUACCAACUCUUCAACAUCUCACUCAACUCGGAGGCAUCGGUUUGAACUUAGCUGCCGCUAAUGGCAACAACCAAGCUCACCAGUACGGUGCAGGUUUGAUGAACGAUUUAGGGUUUCUUCAUGUCGGAGAUGGACGAAAUAAUGUAGCUCCAGUUACCGGAAACAUUCAUGACAAUGACAACAACAACGGAGAAAACAACCUAAUGGGGUCCGGUGGAUUCACUCUCUUCGAUCCAACGUCAGGGCUACAUGCUUUCCAGAACGAGGGAAAUAUCAGAAAUAACGUCUCUUUUUCCCCUACUUCCAUGGUUGAUUCGAGAAUUUACCAAACAGGUCCGGUGAAUAUGGAAGAACAACCCGAUCUAGUUAGCUUGUCUGGACCGGUCUCCGGCUUGACACCUCCGGUGAAUCAAAUAAACCAGUAUGUUUGGAAAAAUUCGGAUUUCUCAGAUCCUUCUAAUUAACGAUCAUCACCAACUCGUGUGAGGUUUUGUGUCUGGAUCAUAUAUCAGUGAAUGUUACGACGUGGCGAUUGAAUUAAAUGACAACGAAGGGUCACUAUAAAAUGCAUGCAGAUGAGUACGUGGGCGGGACAAUUAUAGUGGGAAGUACUAAGAGUAAGACAAACUAAUUAAGGUAUCUGCAUUUGAGUUUGUGGUUCUACAGCUUAAGAACGUACUUAAAUAUAAUCAGGUAUGUGUUAUAUACUUAUAUAAUAUUUGUACUGUGUGGUUUCAUGGUUGAACUGAUUCUGAAGUUACGUGUGUGUAAUAGUUCAAUUUAUACACCUAUUAAACUAAAGCUCAUGGAAUAUGUAAUGGUUUUCAGCUAUUUCUAAUUUAUUCCAUUUAUGGGUAUAGUUUUUUUUUUGUCUGAUCCCAUAAUGAACAUUACUGAUGAUUUAUCAUUUAUUGAUUGUUAAAGAGAAUCUUCUGAUGUAAAAGAUAAGGAUAAUUCAUAAAGUAAAAAAGGGUUUGCUGACAAAGGAUUUGAUCAUACAAAUCCGUGUCUUUCUGGAUGCUACGUUGUAAAACUCUUAGACAUACUCCUUUUCUCAUAUUUCUAGGAGCUUCUUUUUCUUUUACAGUCUUUCUUGUACGAAUCUGUGUGUCAGUCUGUUUUAUGUGGGUGCAUGAGAAUGGGGAGUGUUUAAAAAGUGGAUCAAUCACUUAGGAGGAGGAACCACCUUUAAUUCUCCAUUCAACAAAAAAAUAGCAUAAUAGUAAAAAGUAGGAGGUAUACAAUUAACAGUGUUAUGAUACACAAGGUGGUUCAUAUUUCUUUAAAAGAUCAGUGAACUGCGGCUUAAAUAUGAAAUUUUAAGUUUUUCCUUUUUAUAAGUAUGUUAUAUUUAAAAAUAUAUAUCAAAAAUUUAGUCAUAUUUAGAUUUUUAUGUAUAUUUUUGAAUCUAUUGGGUAUAUUUCUAUUUAUUGUAAAUGAAAUUCACUUUCAUUUAUUUUAGGCGUGGAAGAAAAAACUAAACCGAAAAUCGGAACUGAACCAAACUAUCCCAAACCAGAGCCUGAUCAACACCUUCAAAUAACCAAAUGGUUUCUAUAAUUUUUUUGUGAAAUAACAAACCAAUCCGGAACCGAACCGAGAAUCAAACGAGUAUCCGAAUAUGUAAAAGUAUUAGUUAUAUAUAGAUAUAACAUAACUAUAUAUAUUUAUAAUUUAAAUAUCUAUUAAAACUAUCUGAAAAUAUUAUUAAAAAACUAAAUUAUUAAAAAAAUAUUUGAGCUAUCCGAAAGUUUCCGGAAGAAACCAAAACAUUCGAGAUUUUUAUCCGAAUCCUCCUAAUUAUUUAAUAUUUUACCUAAAAUACAUGAUUUUUAACCCAAAAGUAAUCUAAGAAAAAUAAUUAGCAGAAUAGUUUUUAUAGAAAUUAUUUUAAAUUUGUAUUGUAUUUUGGAUUGCUUUUACAUGUUUUCACCAUUCAAACAUAUGUUUUGGAGUAUUAGAUCCGUUUGAUCCACACUUGAACGGCUAGAUUCGUCAGAACCGUUCUUGAUCCGUUUGAUCUGCCUGAUCCGUAACGCUUGAACCGCUUUUGUUGUCAAGGGAUUGUCAAGGGGAUCUCUAAGAACAUGAUUAACGGGAAGUAUGUUGUCAAGGGAUUGUAACCACUUCAAUAUUAUGUAUUUUAGUUAAAAAUUUAACUUUAAAUCACAAACUUGAU